CGCGUCUCUAACCAGACUGCUUCCCUGCACGCUCCUCUCUCCCCCCUCACCCUCACCGAAGAUGGCGGUCCGGGUCGGAGAAGGGACGGAAAUAGCGAAGGCUGCCCUCGGUCAAGAUGGCGCGGGCGGCGUCAGCGUGCGGGGAGCUCGCGGCGAACCCGGCCGGCGGGCGCCCGAGCGGCUUCGCGCGCGCCUCGGAGACUCCCGGGCGGCGCGGAGCAUUGUGGGGUGGCGGCGGCGGCGGCGGCGGGGACGGGUCAGGUCGCGUCGCGUUUGGAGGGCCGCGACCAUGGCUUCCUGGGCCGCCCUUUCGCCCAGCAUCGUGGAGUAUUUCGAGGGCGAGGACUCCUACCGCUGCGGCUAUUGCAAGAACGAGUCGGGCAGUCGCUCCAAUGGCAUGUGGGCGCAUUCAAUGACAGUACAGGAUUAUCAGGAUCUUAUAGAUCGAGGAUGGCGAAGAAGCGGGAAAUAUGUGUACAAGCCUGUCAUGAAUCAAACAUGUUGUCCUCAAUACACAAUAAGGUGCCGACCUUUACAGUUUCAGCCAUCAAAAUCUCACAAGAAGGUUUUGAAAAAAAUGUUGAAAUUUCUGGCUAAAGGGGAAAUUUCCAAAGGAAAUUGUGAGGAUGAGCCCAUGGAGCCCACCAUGGAGGACACCGUUGCAGGUGACUUUGGGUUGAUAAAUAAAUUGGAUAUACGGUGUGACCUUAAAACACUCAGUGAUGACGUCAAAGAGAGCUUUGAGAGUGAAGAGAAGAAGAAAGGAAGAAGCCCCAAAAAAGAAGAAUCUAAGGAAUUAAUUCAGUCACAACAUAUAGAGGAGAAGUUGGGCUCUGGUGAACCAUCCCAUCCAGUUAAAGUGCACACAGCUCCUAAGCCAGGUAGGGGGGCAGAUUUGAGUAAGCCUCCAUGUCGGAAAGCAAAGGAAAUCCGGAAAGAAAGGAAAAGGUUAAAACUCAUGCAUCAAAACCCAGCUGGAGAACUAGCAGGUUUCCAAGCUCAAGGUGAACCGCCAUCUUUGUUCCAACCAAAGGCUAAUAAAUCCAACCAGCCCAAAUCACUUGAAGAUUUAAUUUUUGAAUCUUUACCAGAGAAUGCAUCACACAAGUUAGAGGUGAGGUUAGUCCCUGUCUCCUUUGAGGACCCAGAGUUCAAGUCGUCCUUCAGCCAGUCAUUUUCUUUAUAUGUCAAGUAUCAAAUGGCCAUACACCAGGAUCCACCCGAUGAAUGUGGGAAGACUGAGUUCACAAGGUUCCUUUGCAGCUCACCUCUGGAGGCAGAGAAUCCCCCUCAUGGACCAGAUUGCGGUUAUGGUUCCUUUCACCAACAGUAUUGGCUUGAUGGAAGAAUCAUUGCUGUGGGGGUGAUUGACAUUCUUCCAUACUGUGUAUCGUCUGUAUAUUUGUACUACGAUCCUGAUUAUUCAUUCCUGUCUUUGGGUGUCUACUCUGCACUACGAGAAAUUGGUUUUACUAGGCAACUUCAUCAGAAAACAUCUCAACUCAGCUAUUAUUAUAUGGGUUUCUACAUUCAUUCAUGUCCCAAGAUGAAAUAUAAGGGUCAGUAUAGACCUUCUGAUUUGUUGUGUCCUGAGACGUAUGUUUGGGUGCCCAUUGAGCAGUGCCUGUCUUCACUUGAGAACUCAAAGUACUGCCGUUUCAACCAGGACCCAGAAGCAGUGGACGAAGGUCGCAGUAAGGAGCCCGACCGUUUGCAGGUGUUCCACAGGAAAGCCAUAAUGCCCUACGGCAUCUAUAAGAAGCAGCAGAAGGACCCAAGCGAGGAGGCGGCCGUGCUGCAGUAUGCGGGCCUGGUGGGGCAGGUGUGCUCCGAGCGAAUGCUGCUUCUGCGGAACUGACCGGUACCCAUGCUGCACCCAGGGAGACCCCUGGCCUACCCCCAGUGUAGACGAUUUUUAUUUAGACUCUUCUAUGGCUUUUCUAAAAUAUUUGUGGCAAUAUAUUUGUGAGACUCUCCUGGUUAAUAUAAAGAUUUUAAAUAUGUUGUGCCCUAACCUCCGAGUGGGGCUUUAUCAUUUUGGAAGUUUGCUUUAUGAACAAGAUACGGUAUAAAUGUCUCGUGUUACUCUUUUGGAAAGCAAAAUUAAUAAGUGGAUCUUAAGUCAUUUAAAUCACCGUUGUGCUUGUUUUGUGAAAGAAAUUACAGCAGGCUUUCCUCAGAUCCAUUUAUGACAUUAGUUUCUGCUAUGAGACUGUAAAGAUGGGGAAGAAGGUGGAGAGUCGGUUUUAUCUCUUCAAAAACAUCCUCUCAGGAGAACGAAACUGUUUUUACUCAGUUCAGUCUUACUGCCGAAUGUUAUAUAGUUAAUGGAAAACUCAGAAAAAGAAAAUACAAACCUGAAAGAAAGGACGACGUGUGAACAUCACAUGUUCACUUACCCAGGACAGUCCCUAUCGUGUCUGUUGUCUUGACAUGCUUGUUUUAUUCUAGAAUAAUUAUUACUCUCAUAUAAUUUUGCUCUCAAAAGUAUCCCAGUUUGGACAACAAGAUAUAUGAUUAUCCUAGUUGUAUAUAUUAUCUGCUCUAUUUUUAAAAAUCUAAGAAAUGGAGGUUUUUGUAGGUCUUUGUUUUUUUUGUUUUUAAUGUUGGCUCCUGCCUUGACCUAAGACCCAUCAGAAGUGACUUUACACUAAUUUUUUCAUUCCUUAGAACUCAGGACACUUGCCCUUGGUUAUUGAUUAAAAAUUAGUUAAUAUCUGACCACGUUAUAGCUGGGCUACAAAUCACGUUUAAUGAAGCGUAGGAAUCACUUUGACCUCUAUUCUAGGGCAAGAGGUGGAGCAAUCCAUGUCUUGCCCUUUGAUUUGGGAAUCAGCACAUGCUAGCUCCUUCUCCUCACCUUCUUCUGGCCCGUCACCCAGUCAGCAAAUGUCCCUUGUCCACCACCAUCAGGCUGGCAGGCACUGUGCUGGGGGAAGGAGGAGACUCAGGCGGAUCAGGUCACAGUUAGGACCGAGUUGUGUUGGAGUCGAUCAAGGACAGGGGAGGGUUAGUUUCCUCUGCUCUUUCUCAGCCGACCCCAUCUGCUGCCGGCUGCUUGGCCACUGGGUUCAUUCCAUUCCCCAUUGUGCUUAUUUCCUAUUGAUCCUUUUUUAAAACCAUAUUAUAAAACGUGGUACUUUGAAACCCACUACUGAUGUUAAACUUUUGUCUCCUAAAUGCACUGCAUUUAGAUGAGACAUUAGAAAAUAAUUUCAGUUAGCUAAAAGAAGGAUUAUGAAACAUUGAUUUUAAAAUUCAACAUCCAGGGCAGCCCCGGUGGCGCAGCGGUUUAGCGCCUCCUGCAGCCCGGGGUGUGAUCCUGGAGACCUGGAAUCGAGUCCCAUAUCGGGCUUCCUGCAUGGAGCCCGCUUCUCCCUCUGCCUGUGUCUCUGCCUCUCUCCUCGCUCUCUCUGAAUGAAUGAAUAAAUAAAUCUUUAAAAAAAAUAAAAUAAAAAUAAAAAUAAAAUUCAACAUCCAAAUAAACUGUGUAUUUAUUCAUUUUUGAGAGGGUGUGUGUGUGUGUCUGUGUAACACCUGCUGUGUACAGACACAUUGCCAACUGAGGAUAGAGUAUCAGGGAAAGCCAUUUUCUCUGACCACGUAGAUUUUUCAUUCUUCGGGAUUUUGUUCUACAAAAUAGUCUCCCAAGAGUAUUUGAUGGGCUCUUGUUUGGAAUUGCCUUCAGAAUCUACAGAACUUUUUUUCUUUUGCCCUCAUAAGUUGAAGAUAGCUUAAUGUUUUUAGGAUUACAAAAUGAUACUCACUGUAAGCAAUUAAAACAUUAGUAAAACCACAAAUAAGAAAGUAAAAUAUAAUCUGAAGUUCAACCAUACCAGAGAAAAAAUUGUUAUAUGUCUACACACAUAUAAUUUUCUUAUAAAUAGAAUUAUGUUCUAUACACCAUUUUGUGGGCAUACCUGAAUUGUGGAAGAAAUUUCCAGGUGGGACUUGAGAAGUGUUACAAGUAAUCUGAGUACGUGGAAAGUCAGCGCGGUGGGGUGGGAUCUUGGUACCCUUGGCUUUGGAACAUUCACGUUGAUGCCACCUCAUCACGCCCACCCACUUUCAUCCCCAUGAUUGGCAGGACAGCAGCACUAGAGAUCACAACUCUUGAGUAUGCCUUGAAGAGAAAACUUGACUCUUACAUCAUACCACAACUCUGGUUUCGUCCUGCAGAAUUCAGUUAGGGUUCCUUCAGAGUUCAGAGGAAAGUGAUCCAUCACUCCUGUCUGAGAACCGGGAUGCUGCGCCUGAGGGCGGCAGUGGUCAAGGUUGGCUGCAGUGAGCCACCAGAGAGAGCUGGGCGCAAAAACUCUUCUGCUCCGUUACUGUAUUCAUGUGCUCUUCUUUUGGAAAUAGACUGUGUAUUGAUCCUAAUGAGUUAAUUAUUUGUUCUUUUGAGCCCUGGCUGAGUGAGGGUUAAUCGCGUGCUAGGAAAGGACAACAAGGCAAGUGACCCUGCUUUGUCAGUCGACAUGCAGUCUAGCUGAGAAAUCUGCUUUUAUGUUAAUGGCUUUCAUCCAAAGAAAGACACUCGAGAACCUUUCAAAGACAGUUUCUAUCUUUUCAAGGCUAGAAGCUGUGUGUUUACUGUCUUAGAGUUGUCGUUCCUUUCUGGAUGCAGGUAAAUUCACACCUGCUUCCUUGUCUUGGGAGCAGAAAUGUAAUCAAGGUUUCCCAGCUGCCAUCUUUAUUUAAAUUCUCCCAGUUCUAUGAGAUUUUUGUUAUUUUUUUAAAAUGUAAUCAGCACUUUUUUAAUAUUCUAUAAAAGAGGCUGUUACCAAAUGAAUAUAUUAUUCAUUUGAUUAAAAUUAUUUAGAUAAGAAAUUAUUACUGUUUAUCUUUGCUUUCAGACAAUGUAUCCUAUUUUUUAUCCAUUUUUCAAAAUAUCACUUGUGUGCUGUUUCUUAACAUAUCGGACUCUAUUAUGUAAAUGAACCUUUUCAGAUUUCUGAGCAGUAUAUGGUUUGAUUUUAUAGGCUUUAUACUAUUUCAGUGUGAAUAAGAAUGAGAAAGAAUAUGAUCAGUUACCUAGAAUGUGUUGGUGGUUGCUAACUUUAAAGAAAAGGAAAUGAAAUGGAAACAUAAUGUUUGAAUUAGAAUUUAUUCAAAUAUGUAUUCUUUUCCAAAAGAAAACCAGUGACUGUAAAGCAAAACAAGUUUGAUUGCAUGUGAUUUUUUUUUUUGCUCUUGUGUAUGCAUUUUGAACAGUCCAUUUGAUAAAGCUUGAAUGGAAAAAAAUAAAGCUGUUUCUAUCUCCA